AUGACAACGCAACCCUGCAACGCGAAGUGGCCCACGCAGAAGGAGAACCAGCUUGGGGUUCGUCAUCAGCUCGAGGAUACUCCGCACAAGCGCAAGCAACCGCUAGGCAACUACAACCCGGUGGAGAAUGUUGUGCGUCUUACGGCAAAGCUAGUGAAGAGUCCAGAACGAAAGGAACCCGUUUCAAGAAGCGUGAGUCCUGCCUCAGCCGUGGAACGACGUAACGCACGUGAACGCAAUCGAGUGCAGCAGAUGAACAAUGCGUUCGCGGUUCUUCGUAAACGCAUCCCGGAAAAGAUCGUAGAUGAGUUUCAGACAGGUUCGGCUGGUCGAGGACAACCCAAGAAGUUGAGCAAGGUCGAGACGCUUCGGAUGGCGGUAGAGUACAUCAAGAGCUUAGAGCAAAUGAUCGAUGGUGGCACUCGCAAGCCACAUUUUGGGGAUGAUCAACCAGAGUUGCCUGCAACACCUCCACCAGAGCCUACAGGACAAACUGGGAACUUCUUCCACGCGAUCAAUCCUCAAAGAGUACGUGAUAUCGAUGAUCCAACGCAGAUCACCAUCGUGAAUGGACAACAGUACGUGCGUAUCCCGGGGACAAACACGCUCCGCUAUCUCGAUCCUGGUCGGUUGGUUGAAUACGAUCCGGAACAGGACGAGUUGUACGAGGAUGAUGUGUUGGACCAGCAAGACUCCAGCUCGAAUGAUGCAGAUCUUCUGUGUGAAUCGGCAGUGGCUCUUUCACCGCAGAGUAACUUCACACUCGAGCCUGAUUCGGACUCAAAGCGGGAUGUGGACGCGCUUCAUCAGUCACUGGCGGUUCCUGAAGGUGUACCAGCCUUCAAUCAGCAGCAGUACGAGGAUCUGAUGCUGAUGAAGUCGGAGUUACAGGAAGAAUCCGAUGAUUGGUUCCAGACCUGGUUCGAAGCCAAUCACCAGCCUCAGGAACACUUGCAGCAGGCUCAUCCGCAGUGA